ACUGCUUCAAAACCCGUUUAGGAGAAAUUCAAUCUCCAGAAAAUUCAGAGAGAACACGGAUCUGAAAUUUUCAAAAGCAUAGGGUUUCAAAUUUGGUUAAUAGAAGACUUUGAAUUUUGGUUGAAUUUAGUGUUUCUUUUUGCUUGUUGAAUUGUGGACCUAGGGUUUCGAUUUUGUUGAAUCGGGAAUCUAGGGUUUUUAGUUUGAUUUCUUUGUGCGUCUUCUUUAUUCGUUUUUUGAUCGGAAAAUGAACGAACAGUUGAAUCAAUUUCAUAUGAUGAAUCAGCCUCAGGCUAUGAUGAAUCGAAGCUACGGGCUCUGGCCGCAACAGAACCCUUCUCAGAUUCUUAGGAACCCUAAUUUCAAUGUACCGAAUCAGUCUAUGGCGGUUCGUAACAAUUGGAAGGGGAAGAACAAGGUUCCCGAUAAUCGGAAAUCGGGAGGAGUCGGGUACAAGCCUCCGACUCUGCAGGAAUUGCAGUCGCAGAAUCGGUUGAAGGCUAGGAGGUUUUACCACCCUAAGAAGAAGUUUAACAAUCGAUCUGCACCGUAUGCGCCUAGGAACACGACGUCCUUUAUAAUUCGAGCAAAGAAGGCGGGUGGGAUCGCAUCGCUGGUUUCGCCGUGUCCGGUGACGCCGGCGGUGUUGCCAACACCGGUUUUAUCACCGUCGACAGAGGUUUUGGGGGAUAUGGCUAAGGAGGAGUGGGGUGUAGAUGGGUAUGGGACGAUGAAUGGCUUGAUUAGGCUACGAGAUGAAGCGGAGGUGAAUGAGGAGGAGGAAGAGGAGGGAGGAGGAUCGAGUGACAGUGAUGUGGAGGAGCAUGUGGAGGUGGAAAGGAGAUUGGAUCAAGAUUUGAGUAGGUUUGAGAUGAUUUAUCCGAAUUCUGGUGGGCUUGAUUACAAUCAUGUGUUGGAGAAUAGGGUGGAUGAUCGAGAUGCACAUAUACUGCAAUUGGAAGAAGAAAAUUUGACAUUGAAGGAGAAGCUGUUUUUGAUGGGGAGGGAAAUGGAGGACUUGAAGAGGAGGUUGCUGCGCUUGGAGAGAAGGAGCCAAGGAUUGGAGGAUGCUAAUGAGGAGGUGGUGGAGAAUGAAUCGGAAAGUGAGAGUGGAGAUAGAGAUGACAAUGCUACUAUGCGUGAGAAUAAUGACGUGAAUAAUAAAGAUGUUGUCAAUAAUGAAAAUGUUGUGGAUCACAAAGAUGCUGUGAAAGUGAACAAUGGUGAAGUGAACAACGAGGAUGUUGAGCAAAUGAAAGAGGACAAUAACAAUGAAGCAGCAGACAGUAGCGACCUCCAAAUUUUGGAGCUUGCAUCUGUGAGGAAUGAAGUGAUCGCGGAGGAGGACAGGGUCCAAGGAUGAAGAAGGGGGGGACUAAUGCACUGAGAAGAGCAUUGGCGAUGGUGACUUUACUCAUUUGUCCCUCGUUGAUCUUGAAGGGGUCUCAAGCAAGUGUUCAUGAAACCCCCAACUGAAUGACUACUAUAACAGAAGCUGUUGAUGUAGACCAGUGAUGAUUCUCUCAUGCACUGAGAACUGCAAUGGUAUUUGCAAGGUGUUGGAUUCAUUGUUCUUUUAUGUGCUUUUAGGUUCAGAGCCUGCAGUGACAGUUUGCUCCUUUGCCAUCACCUGUCUAGCAUGAAAUUCAAUGAGGCCCCUAUGCUGCUAUUGACCUUGCAACCUCUUGGUCAUUACUUCACCUAGUGGCAGCAUGGAAAUCUAUUCCGAGUAAGUGCAGUGAUCAGGUGCAUGGGGUUGUAUCUUUACCCCACUCGAUUUUUCUUGGAUUGACCUUGGCCUCAGUUGAGUUUGGCUCUAAUGGGCUUUAACAUCAAACCUAUUCAAGUGGGAGAGAAUGGAGUUACCUAAAUUGGAUUUGGGUUAGAUUUUUCAACUACUGUUUCCUUUUCUUAUGCUGUUUUACAGGCUAUAUAACACUUGGAGCUAAAAUUGGGUUUCAUUUCAGCUGGAAUUACAUGUGACUCCCAACAAGCUGAAAUAGGUGUUAUAUUUCAACUGCAAUGAUAUUUGGCUCAACAAUCUCAAGAGUUGCAUGUAUUUUCAAUGUGCGAAGGUAUGGGAUUGUUAUCCAGUAAUAUUGUUUCACACACAAACUGCAGUUUUUUUCCAAUUUUAGGUAUGUUAGGACCACUGCAUUAGUUGAAUUUUGAUGUUGGCUUCUGACUGAUGUUUCCAAAUGUGACAAACUGGAAGCAAUAGUAACAUCAAACUAACUAGGGCCGAUGUGGGGCGAUCUUAAUAUCGUCUAGGAUCUAGGACUAUAUACGUCUAUGCGAUUCCAAACUUAAAAUUUUUGGAGUUCUUUGCAAACUAUGAUUCUGAAGUGUGAAACUGGGCUUGCUUGGUGUUUUGGGAGAAAAAUGCGUGGCAGCAAGUCAAUAUGAAAUUCAUUUAUGAGGAAUUAUGUCUGGUUGUUUUUGAAUUUA